AUGAAGGAUUUAACUCCCGAUCAAUUACGCCAAAUAUUUGUUCAACGUGUUCCAGAAGAUGAAAAUCAAUGCACAUUACUUCACUAUGCAGCAUGGCAAGGUAAUCCAGAUUUGUUAGCCCCACUGUUAGAAUAUGUAACAGAUUUAGAGAUACGUGAUGGUAUUGGUUGGACACCGUUAAUGUCUGCCAUUAAUAGUGGUAGUCGUGAAAAUGUUAAACUCUUACUGGCCCAUGGAGCAAAAAUUGACUGUGAUUUUACAAAUGGUUUAACGUUAAUAGCUGAUGCGAUGGCAGUUAAUGAUAAAGAACUAGUAUCACUUUUAAUUGAAAACGGUGCAAGAGUCACGGGUAGCACAUCGGAGUCAAUUCUUGACAGUGCAAAUCUCAUGAGGUAUCCACUAUUGCAUUAUGCUAUCGAUGAUGGUCAAGAAGAGAUGGUUCGAAUUCUAGUAGAAAAAGGGAAAGCACCAUUGAAUACUCUGGAUCAAUCCGGCUGGUCUCCAUUACAUGUUGCCUCGGGACAUGGUUAUUUAGAAAUAGUCAGAUUACUUGUGGAUAAAGGAGCUGAUAUCAAUGUAAAAGAUAAAGAUGGUAAUACACCUCUGGCAUGGGCACGAAAAAUGGAAGCGAGAGAAGUGGAAGCAUUUUUGUCUAGUUCAGGUGCUCUGGCGGAUAAUGUAUGGCACGGUGAAGAGUUAAAAUUGAAAACAUAUCAAGAAGAAAAUGAAGAAAAUAAUAUAGAUAGUGUACCAUCACAAAAUGGAGAUGAAAAUCAUGUGGAAAAAAGUAGUUUUGAAAUUGAAGUGGAGAAUACAAAUAAUAAUAAACGAAAUUCACCAUCGACUAAUCAACAAGAUAAGUUUACAUCAUUUGACGCACUGCAAAGAAGACGAGAUAAUUCGAUUUUGUACGGAAGGCCGAUGUAA